AAAGAAUCAAUAAAAAGUGUGGGCUUCCCAUUCCGUACAUGAACACCGGUCCAGGCUUAGAGGUCGGCUUCGCGGCUCAGCUAAGCCCUAGAAGUAAAGAGAGAAAGAAGGAAUCUGUGACACACUCACAGUCACAACAUCAUCUCUCACCGCCGCGUGAUUUUACUCCCGCCUCCCUUCCCUUCAUAUAUUUUUUGUCUUCUUCCUCCUUCACUCUGCUUUUCAAACUUCAAAUCAAACUCCCUCUUCUUCUUCCUCCAAACUUCCAACAGUGAAUUCCUCGAAAUCACAGUCAAAUCUCCACUCCUCUUCUCUUUUGACCAAAAUCCCAUCUCUGGAUUUCCCUCAAAACCCCCCCUUCAAUGGAUUCCACAGCCUCCCCUUCCCCCAUUUCCACUCCCAAACCCCAUUCCAAGAAAAGCUUCGUCUCUUCUCUAAUGGAAGCCGCCACUCUCCGUUCUCCUUCUUUCAAAGAAGACACCUACUUCAUUUCCCAUCUCAAAUCCUCCGAGAGAAAAGCCCUCCAAGACCUUAAAGACAAGCUCUCUGCCUCUACCUCCACCGCCGAUCACCCUCCCUCCAUGUGGGGUAUCCCUCUCCUGGCCGGCGAUGACCGUGCCGACGUCAUCCUCCUCAAGUUCCUCCGUGCUCGUGACUUCAAAGUCCCCGAUUCACUUCACAUGCUCCAGAAAUGUCUCGAAUGGCGCUCUGAGUUCGGCGCCGACGGUAUUGUCGACGAAGAUUUAGGGUUUAAGGAACUUGAAGGGCUUGUCGCUUAUAUGCAGGGCUACGACAGAGAAGGACACCCUGUUUGUUAUAACGCUUAUGGGGUUUUCAAGGAUAAGGAAAUGUACGAGAGGAUCUUCGGUGAUGAUGAGAAACUCAAGAAAUUUCUCAAAUGGAGAGUUCAAGUUUUGGAAAGAGGGAUUCGUCUCCUUCAUUUCAAACCCGGUGGGGUUAAUUCCUUGAUUCAAGUCACCGAUCUUAAAGAUAUGCCUAAACGAGAGCUUCGUGUUGCUUCUAAUCAAAUCCUCUCUCUGUUUCAAGACAAUUACCCUGAAAUGGUUGCUCGUAAGAUUUUCAUCAAUGUGCCUUGGUACUUCAGUAUGUUGUACUCAAUGUUUAGCCCCUUUCUAACUCAACGAACCAAGAGCAAAUUCGUCAUCGCUAAAGAAGGAAACGUCUCCGAUACCCUUUACAAAUUCAUCAGACCAGAGGAUGUGCCGGUACAGUAUGGUGGCCUGAGUCGGCCAAGCGACUUACAGAAUGGGCCUCCGAAACCGGCGUCGGAGUUCGCCGUCAAAGGAGGAGAGAAAGUGAACAUUCAAAUAGAAGGCAUUGAGGGGGGAGCCACAAUCGCUUGGGACAUUGUAGUGGGAGGUUGGGAAUUGGAGUACAGUGCGGAGUUCGUUCCAAUCGCCGAUGGAAGCUACACCAUUGCAGUGGAGAAACCAAGGAAAAUUUCAGCAAAUGAAGAAGCAAUUCACAACUCAUUCACUACAAGAGAAGCUGGAAAAAUGGUUCUCUCCGUCGACAACACUGCUUCCCGGAGGAAAAAAGUCGCCGCAUACCGUUACAUCGUCCGAAAAUCAACCACCAUCUAAAGAAAGGAGAAGAAGAAGAAGAAGAAGAUCUAAAUCCUUAUGUUAAAAGUAAAGGGGUAAUUUGAUAUUGAUUUUGAAUUUGUAAUGUGUUUAUGAUCUGUAUUUUGUUUUAGAGUUAUAAAAUUAGUAGUGGCUUUGUGGGUUGUGAACUGGAAACUGAACUGAGGAAAGAUAAGUUGUUUGUUAAUACAAGUAAAAGGGAAGAAGAAAAGCCUAUGAUAUAGUAUGGAGUUGCAGAGUUAUUUUUGUUUGUGUUAGAAGAAAAUGGCGGUGGUGGGUGGUGGUGGGGGAAUUGCUUUUUUCGUAAGUGUCAGAAUUCAGAAGAGAAAGCGUCUAGAAAUGGGUCAUUGAUUUGGUUUGAAGUUUUGAAGGAUUUGGUAUUGUUGGAUAGAGAGAAAGAGAGAGUGACAGAGCUCUGAACUUUUGAUAACAUCACAAGGGUAGGGAUUAAUGGUUGAGGGUGAGGGGUGAGAGAUCACCAUUGAUUCUUACUUUCUUUGUCACUCUCUCUCUUUCUGUCUAUCUAUCUCUCCUUUGAUGUUCCUGUCA